GGACGCGAACAGAAGAGCCGCCGCGUUUUUAGCCGGCCUUCCAUCUCUUCUUCAUCUUCUCCUCCGUCUCGCGAUCCAAUUGCUUCAUUAUUUUUCUCUCGAUUAGAUAGGUUAAAGAAAUCGGUAUUCCGAUUUUUAAGGGAUACCUGUUUCUGUGAGAUCGGGGCGGAAGAAAGAUGCCUUUUUGUGAUUCGAGCGAGAACGGGACGAGGAUUUUCUACAAGAGAUUUGGGCACGGGAGCACCAAAGUCCUCCUUAUUACCGGAUUGGCGGGGACGCACGAGUCGUGGAGACCCCAAGUAAAGGGGUUGACGGGAGCGGCAGGGGCCAACGUCGACGAGGAUGCGGUGGCAGCGGUCGGCGAUGAGGGAUUGGACGUCCGCGAUCGGGAGGCGCAGGAGGGGAUCGAGGUGUGCUGCUUCGAUAACCGUGGGAUGGGCCGGAGCUCCGUGCCCACCAAUAGAGCCGAAUACACAACAAGUAUCAUGGCAAAGGAUGCCCUUGCCCUACUGGAUCAUAUAGGCUGGAAGAAAGCUCAUGUCUUUGGUCACUCCAUGGGGGCAAUGAUUGCUUGCAAAUUGGCAGCCAUGGCGCCUGACAGGGUAUGCUCCUUGGCCUUGCUCAAUGUCACUGGAGGUGGUUUUGAGUGCUUACCAAAGAUUGAUCGGCAGAUGAUAUCCCUAGCAUAUCGUUUCUUCAGAGCGAAAACACCAGAGCAAAGAGCUAUUGUUGAUUUGGAAACUCAUUACACAAAGGGAUUUCUUGAUGAAUAUGUUGGAUCAUGUACAAGAAGGGACAUACUUUAUCAAGAUUACAUAAAAGCUAUUUCAUCAAGCGGAAUGCAAUCAAACUGUGGUUUUGAAGGCCAAGUUAAUGCUUGCUGGAACCAUAAGAUGGCAUCUAAAGAGCUCGACACAAUUCGUUCAUCUGGGUUCCUGAUUUCAGUUGUACAUGGAAGGUAUGAUAUCAUUGCUCAAUUAGAUCAUGCACGAAGACUUGCAGAGAAGCUGCAACCUGCUGCAAGAAUGGUGGAACUUCAUGGUGGACAUUUAGUGAGCCAUGAAAGACCAGAUGAGGUUAUUCUUUCUCUUUUGGAGCUGAUAAAUGCUUCAAAAUCCAAGCUUCAGCCUGAAGAGUGGUCCAACAUGCAAGAGAAGCAAGCCGGAUGGCUCAUGAUAGGAACUCCAUUGACAUUGACCAACAAGAACAAUGGUGUGGCAAGCAAUCUUCUAGCCGUUUAUAACUUACUAGGGAAGCUACAACUCAGUUUCCUUUAUUGCAUUGGGUUUUUUAUAAUGGGAUAUGAGCACAUGAGGGGUAUUCUCAAGACCAUGAAGCCAGUUAAAGUUGCAGCCUCCAGUUCAUAACAUUGAACCGACAUUCUAUGGUGUAAGCAGGCAUCUACUCGAUUUUUAUCAAUCAUGUGCCUACUGCUUCCUUCACAUUUUGUGAACAACAAGCUGCUGAGUAGAAUUUAAGCUCCAUGAUUCACCCAAUUUGGUUUGGCAGGAAAUCUUGGAGGCAGCAGCCAUCGAGGAAUAAAAAAUAUGAAAAAAGUGUGUGAUGUUUGGAUAUAGACUCUACAUAACAAGCAAAAAAAGCACUGACAAGAUAAUUCAUGUGCCUGAAUUAUGGCACCAUCAUUCAACCACUCAGUGACAUCUCAACUGUAAUCCAAAACUUAACUGUUGCUGUGUGAUUGUUUCCUUUGAAUAAAAGAAGUUCAUUGACUCUGAGUUGUGCUUGAA